AUGGAUUCAUACACUAAUGAAAGAUCGAGAUCAAGAUCUCCAGCUGGUAGAUUAGGCCAAGAGGACCCUCGUAGAGGGGGAUACCCAGAUCGUAGCAUCAGAGAAGAUAGAAGAUUAUCUAAUACCUAUCGCUCUGAUCCAAGGAGGUCUGAUGACCAUCCAAGAGAAAGGUAUCCUAGAGACAGAGGGAGAGGUAGAGACAACUACGCAGGCAGGUCUGGGGCUCGUGGAUAUCGCUCUUACCCCAGAGACAGAGACAGAGAAGGAUACGGACAUGGCCAAGGCAGCAAUUUUCGUCAUACGGCGCACCAUUCCACUCAUGAAGGAGGAAGAUAUGGUUCCAAUAGACAUUCUAGAUAUGACCAAGCUGCUGCAAAGGGCGACUAUGGUCCAAAGUUGGCAAGAGAACUAGAUUCUCCAUAUGACGAAAAAGUGAACAGAAACUAUGCACACAGUAUCUUCAUCGGUAAUCUAACUUAUAAUACAACUCCAGAAGAUCUAAAAGAGUACUUUGGUAAAAUUGGUGAAGUGCGUAGAGCAGAUAUCAUUACAUCUAGAGGGCAUCAUAGAGGAAUGGGUACAGUGGAAUUUAACAACAGUACUGAUGUGGAGACUGCAAUUCGAGAAUGCGAUGGUGCAUUAUUAAAUGGCCGUGCCAUAUUUGUCAGACAAGAUAAUCCUCCACCAAGUGAAAUGAGCAGAAGCCAAAGUAAUAAUGGUCCACCACCACCUCCAAAACGGGCUCAUGAUGAGGGUUAUGAAGUAUUCGUUGCACAAUUACCAUUCUCAGUUAACUGGCAAGAGCUCAAAGAUAUGUUUAAACCUUGCGGUGAUGUUUUGCAUGCUGAUGUUGUAAUCGAUCGAGAUGGUAAGUCAAGAGGGUUCGGUACAGUUUAUAUGGCCACUAAGGAGCAACAAGAGGAAGCAAUCCGUCGUUGGAGCGGUACCGAAUAUAAAGGACGCGUACUUGAUGUAAAGCUUGGAAAGGGUACAUUUACAAGUACACCAGUGUCCGGUGGGGACACUUAUAUUCCUUCACGUCCAGCAAAUAAUACUCCACCAGCACCAAAAGUUGCUCCGUUAGACAUUGAUCCUGUUACCGUUGUUAGUGGAGGUGAUAAAAAUUCUGUUGUAUUCUGUGAAAAUAUGCCAUCAUCGACUACAGAGUCGGAUUUGUAUGAUCUAUUUGGAAGUAUAGCUCCUGUUGUUAAAGCACAAUUGCAAAUUAACUCAGAGGGUGAUUUCACAAGAAAUUCAGUCUGUCAGUUUGAAACCGCGGAAGAUGCAGAGGUGUGCGUUGAAAAAUUGAAUAAAUAUACUUAUGGUGAUCAUGAGCUAAAAGUAUCGUAUGCCAGGUAUUGA